UUUCCACAGAAUCCUUUUUAAGUAAAAUUUUUACUCCCAUGACGUUUUUUUUUAUAACACCUUUUUGGGAAUUUUGGGAUUGAAGUGAAUAAAUAAUGCUUACUUUGCUUUGGAACUGCGAUUACAACUGUCCUCAGAAUUCCUCCAUUGGGUGUACCAUAAGAAACAUUACGAUAGCUACGAACGGCUCUGUGGAAAAAGAUGGUUUUAUGUCACAAAAAAUUAUCUUCUCAACACUUAUCAUAAACGGACGAGCAAGGAGAAUACGACAUGCUUUCUUUUAGUUUUAAAUUAGAUUUCGUUUGAUACACACGACUUUAUAUUGGCUAUAGGAAAAAUUACAUCAACUUUUUGAAGAAAUGGACGAAUAUUCUCUAGCUGUAUUUGAAGACGGAACGACUGAAAUGAUUCCUAAAUCAUGGGUUCAAGAUUAUCUGACGAAAAACGACCCGUCCAGUUCGUCUAAUGAAAAUUCGAGUGACUUGGAAGAACCUCCCAGUAAAAUUAAAAUAAGUAGCAAAAGUUCUAAUUACUUAAAAAGAGUUCCUUCUUUGAUAGAUGAUGAAGAAUCAAAGGAAGAUUAUAUCAGGAAAUCGAUAGAUUCAAUUACUAAAACUGUUUUGGAAAAUAAAGCAAAAAUCGAAAAAUUACAAAAUACGGUGGAAAAUCUGAUCGCAACGAUAAACUGCAGUAAAGAAAUUGAAAAAAGCAGUUUGGUUCUGUUCUCAACAACUGAAAACAAGUUAAGCCUUGCCCGGUUACAAAAAAGCGUUGAUCGCUUGAUUUGUAUCGCAUCCGGAGAACCCGAACCGGAAAUAAAUCUCUCGGAACCGGCAGAGACUUUAGACGAAUUUCUUCAAAUAGAAGAUUACAUAAAAAUGAAACAAAACUACAACGAUCUGGUGUGUUAUCUAUCGAAAAUUGGCGGAAAAACAGUAGAAUCAACAACUAGAAAAAUUUGGAAACGUCUCUGUUCAACACAAUUGGCUUCAAAAAUAUGUUGGACUGGUGCAAAUGGAAAGUAUUGUUUGAAAAAUCUAACAAUUAAUAAUUUAGUAAGAGAUGCAGUUUUAAUAACCCACCGCGAUGGCAAAGAAUCUGAAAUCCAAAGGGCAACUAUGCUAUGGUUUUCCCAUGCACAAGACCGUUUAAGAGCGAAAAAAAAUUCAACCCCUCUUAUUGGAUUCAAAAAUGCAAUUUAAUGUUGUAAUUUUUAUAAUUAUCAAUGUAGAAUAUUAAUUUAUUUUCCUGAUUUGAA